UGUACAAAUGUAACUUAACCACGACACCUUAGACUGAUGGAACAGGCCACCUAAACCUGCAAGAGUUUAAACACUUGUGGAACAAGAUUAAAAAGUGGAAGCUGGUGUUCACGCGUUUUGACACAGACAAAUCCAGUACGAUCAGCAGUUUUGAGAUGAGGAACGCUCUUACUGAAGCAGGUUUUCAACUCAACAACCAGCUGUAUGACAUUAUUUGCAUGCGAUACGCCAACGAACACAUGGAGAUGGAUUUUGACAGCUACAUUAGCUGCUUAGUGCGACUUGAGGGGAUGUUCAGGGCAUUCAGAGCCUUUGACAAGGAUGGAGAUGGCAUUAUCAAGCUCAAUGUUUUUGAGUGGCUUCAACUGACCAUGUAUGCCUAAAGACACAAACACAUAAGAUCAACCUGGUGGAAAGUCAGUGGUCUUUUCCCAUUUUCAACCUCCAUUAAGUGGAGAAAGAUCUGGAUUCGAAUCAAUUGUACUAUACACCACUGUGGCUUCUUUCUUCAGCAAAUGCAGGUCUAGAACAAACUGGUUUGAUUAUGAGCUACUGAAUGGACCAUGUCAGCUCAUUUAGGUCUUGUAAAACACUUAUUUGAUCGACUGUAUGUUUAAGGUGACAGAAUGUGGUCAUAUGAUGCGAUUUCAUUUUUUCCUUUCUCUUUAGAGUGUUACAAGCUCUUGGUGCAUA